AUGUGUGAAGCGAAAGAGUAUAGGAACAUGACCAUUGACGAGUUAGCAGGGGAGAAGCGUAGACGGCAAAAAAUGAAGGCAAUUCAGGAGGAGUAUAUGGAGGAGCUGAGGGAGCGGUAUAAGAACACACCGAAACCGGUAGCAGGCCCUACAGUGAGUACACUGAGCAGGACAGAAAAAGUAAUUGAUGCGAAGUUGAGAAAAGGAGAAGGAACGCAAUCGUGUCAUUUGAAGUCGGCUGAUGUGGACUUAACAAUUUCGCGAGAAGUGGAAGCAGUGACGAUAACUCAAAAGGGUUGCCCGGGGGCGAGUAAGAGAAGUACAGCUGCUCCGAGGGCUACGGCAUCAGCGAUGGCGAGAGGCGACUCUUGUGGGGUGGUUUUUGGUACGCUGGCAUCGACCAAUCAGGAGAAGGCAGCCUAUGUGUCGGAAGUGUGUAAGGGUUACUUUAGUGAGCUCUAA